AUGAAAUCAACUGGAGACCACGACACUGCCACGGAAGAUAACAAAAAUACAGACAAAGAACUGAGGAUGCCGAAUAUCAAAGUUUUUACCGGUAGCUCUCAUCCAGAUCUCGCGAAGAAAAUUGUAGCAAGACUCGGCUUAGAUUUAGGACGAGCGACAACGAAGAAAUUUAGCAACCAUGAAACGAGCGUCGAAAUAGGCGAAUCCGUUCGCGGAGAGGAUGUUUAUAUUGUGCAAAGUGGCUGCGGAGAGAUUAACGAUAAUCUCAUGGAACUACUAAUUAUGAUUAACGCCUGCAAGAUCGCUUCUGCGUCCCGCGUAACUGCUGUUAUACCCAGCUUCCCGUACUCGCGACAAGAUAAAAGGGAGAAAAGUCGCGCGCCUAUAACUGCCAAAUUACUGGCGAACCUGAUAUCGGUAUCCGGUGCUGAUCACGUAAUAACAAUCGAUCUACAUUCGUCUCAAAUUCAAGGCUUCUUUAACAUUCCCGUCGACAACUUAUACGCUGAGCCAGCUAUUACAAAAUGGAUAAAAGAUAAUAUAGCUGAGUGGAAAAGUAGUGUUAUGGUUUCACCUGACGCUGGUGGUGUAAAACGAAUGACGGCAAUAGCUGAUAGAUUAGAUAUUGAUUUUGCGAUUAUACACAAAGAGAGACAGCGGGCCAACGAAGAAGAUUCCACUGUUUUAGUGGGUGACGUUAGAAAUAGAACAGCCAUCAUGGUUGAUGAUUUGGCAGACACCUGCGAUACUAUUGUAAAGGGCGCUGCAAAACUACGCGAUGCCGGGGCAAACAAAAUCUAUGCUAUCCUUACUCACGGCGUUCUAGCUGGCAACGCUAUUGAAAAAAUAAAUAAUUCCUGUCUAGAGGCUUUAGUUGUAACGAAUACGAUUCCACAAGAUAAACAUAUGAAACUCUGUCCUAAACUACAGUCGAUGGAUAUCUCGGUGAUGCUCGCGGAAGCAAUAAGAAGAACCCAUUAUGCCGAAUCUGUUUCCUAUCUCUUUACUAAUGUCCCAUACUAA